UAGAGCGAAUGCUGUUUUCGUUUGAACUCACGUGUCGAGUUUUCAUUUGUGGCAAGUAGAACUAGUUGGGCAAACAAAUGGCGACAGCUGAUCAGGAUUCGUCAUCAGAAGAUGCUGGCGAAUUGCUUAUUCCUUGCAGAUUGCAAGAUCAGUGUCGCUGCUUUAAAGAGGAAGAAAACGUGGUCGUGACGAACGUUUAUUUGAAACAUGGAAAAAUUUUCAAGUCAAAUCAUAGUGAGCCAGACUGCUGUGAUAACCCAGAAAGUGCUCGAUGCAGCAAUUCCGUCUUAGGAGAUGCUAAUUUUGAUGAGAAUGAAAUUAUCAAAACUACAAAAAAAAACAAUCAACAGUCUACCAAAGUGGAAAGCAAAAGAAACAGUAAGCUUUUUAUCAGUUCUUUGAAUGAUUGCAUCUUUAUCUACCUAAUGCUUUAUCUUGUUGAUGCUGUCGAUUCAGCUUUCACCAAAAAAGAUUUACUGCAAUUAAAAUUUCAGGUCCAAUUUAAAAUCUACGAAGACCGCAUUGCAGAAUUGAAACUAGCUACGGAUAGAGUAAAAACAUCGAAGGAAAAGGGCAAAUCCAAAUCGAGUAAAAGCAAAGAAAGCACGCAACAUAUCACCAUCAUAGAAUCCAAGAUUGAAGAAUUAGAAACGUUAAAGAUUACUGCUCAAAUAUAUUUCGAACGUGCCUCUUCCUUUAUGGACUCCGACAUCCGCAAGAAACGCGAAUUAUUUCGACUGAAUUCACCUCUUCCAGCGUUAUCUAAACGACAAGAUUUCGAAAAAUCUGUCUGUGAUCAUCAAUUUGUUGUUGUUAUGGGACAAACGGGAUCAGGCAAAAGUACGCAAUUGACGCAAUAUCUAGCCGACAUGCCUCAAUUUCAAAAACAAAUUAUAAUUUGUACACAGCCAAGAAAAAUUGCAGCUCUUACUUUAACACAGCGAGUGGCAUUUGAGUUUGCAGCAGGCGAAGAAACAUUGGAAACAAAGAAAUGGGUUGGCUAUCAUGUAGGAGGGGACAACCAACUUCACUUGUCCAAUCGCAUCCAGUACAUGACUGAAACCGUGUUGCUUAAUCAGCUCACACAAGCUGAGGUGACAAAAGAAGAUCCGUUCCGAAAUUGCGGUGCGGUUAUCGUAGACGAAGCUCACAGCCGCACAAUUACAACAGAUGUUUUGCUUGGAGUGCUCAAAAGGAAAAUCCACUUGUGGCCACAUUUAAAAGUGAUCGUCACUUCGGCCACGAUUGACACGAGUUUGUUUUCAAAGUAUUUGAACGACUGCCCUGUCAUAGAAAUUCCAGGUCGACUUUUUCCCGUUGAAGUCAUUUAUCGUCCGUUUGAUCGAGAUAACACAAAGAUCGUUGAUGCUGUAGUCAAACAAGCAAUUGAAAUAUGUAACGGGCACCAAUCGGGGGAUGUUCUCUGUUUCCUCACAGGACAAAACGAAGUGGAAUGGGCGACUCAGAAGUUUUCUUCUUCUAUCAAAAUUAAUGCAUCCAAGACAAAAAAAAUUGUUGCGUAUUCCUUAUACGGGAAACAGACACCCGAAGAGCAACAAAAGGUCUUCCAUAAAACGCCAGACGUCCAAAAAGUUAUAUUUUCCACCGAUAUUGCUGAAACGUCUAUCACGAUCGACGGUGUGAAAUUCAUUGUGGACUCCGGCCUUACUAAGAACCUGAUAUUCGAUAGUGCUCGCAACAUUACGAGCCUUAAAGAAAUGAUGAUCUCCUCCGCUUCCGCGGAACAGCGCAAAGGAAGGGCGGGUCGAACGGCGACCGGCACAUGUUACCGGUUGUAUAGCGAAGAUGUAUAUAAUGCAAUGGCAAAGUACGAUAAAGCAGAGAUCUUCCUACGCCCUUUAAGCAUCACUGUCACCUUACUAAAGGCUAUGCGCGUCGAUCCACGGGAUUUCCAUUGGCUAGAGAAACCCGAUACAGCCGCUUUGGAAGCAGCCGAGGAAGAAUUGAAUCUGUUAGGAGCAUUAGAUCACCAGGAGAAUUUAACUCCACUUGGUCAUCUUAUUGGGGAUCUUCAGAUAGAUCCUGGGAUUGCUCACAUGAUCUACUACGCUUGCUCUAAAGGCCUGGGUAAAGAGGCUACCCUUCUGGCCGGAUUGUUUUCCGUGACGAGCAUGGUAUUUUGGCGUGGCGGUGACGAUGAAAAUCGUCAAGCUUCUGAUGAAGCCAAGAAGCACUUUUUCACUAAUCGGGGUGACAUACUCACUAGUCAUUUGGCCUUUAUGGAAUGGCUAAAUAAAAAAAAAGCUGACCGGACAUUAAAAACUGCCAAAGCAUGGUGCAUGGAAAACUUUAUCAAUAAUAAAGCAAUGAACAUGGCUUCGUCAACUUCUGAAGAAAUUCAGUUGCAUUUACUGCGGAACGCUCGCCAAAUUUGGAGAAAAGCCAAUCAAGAUCGUAAGGCGACAGAUGAAGAACUACAGCAACUUAUCGCCCAAGCUUUCAUUUUGAACGUAGCCUAUCGAGUCAAUAGAAACUAUGUGGGCCUAAGAGCAGACACGAUGACGUACAUCCAUCCUGGUUCCGUCUUCUUUGAUGAAAAAGAACUUCCUCAAGUGAUAACUUAUCAAAGUAUUCUACGAACUUCCAAAACGUACGCUACUCAGUUAACACCUAUUGACAUGGAAUGGAUUAGAGAAGAAAACGGAGCACUGUAUGCACUUUAUGAAGAAAUGGCCUCUCAGGUCAACAUAAAAGAAAUUCGGGUUACUCCCGUUUCUCGUGGCAUUCUGCAUUUCAUUCUCGGGCCUGCUAACCGUAACUUGGACGAACUCAAUCAAGAGCUCGACUGCCUAGUUCACGGUGACUACAAGAAAGACGCUCUCGUUGCUUGGUGCAAACCAAAUGCUGUCAAUUUUGUUUAUAGUGAGCUAACACGUAAAGUUGCAUCAAGAAAGAGAGAAUUGGAAUUGGAGAUAAGAGAAGAUCCAGUUAUUGGAGAGACCCGUAUCGUUUGGGGCUGUGGAGGAGAAGCCAGGCUGCUGCUGUUUCGUGGCAAUUACAUCGGCCUCAACUUUAAAAAUGUGCCUAAUGCCUGGAGCUUGUUAGACGUUGACAUGAUCAUCCGCCAAAAAUGCAGCCAGUUUACUAAAGAUUCAGUCCGAAACCUUUUCUUUUUGUCGAACAAUGCCGGUGAAAAAACUAAGACUGCCCGAGUUGUUUUCGACGAUCCUCAAAAAGCGUCCGCUGCGUUGAAAGAGUUGUCCGCUGGUGGUGGUCUUCAAGCAAAGCUGGAAUUUUUUCCUGCACUUAGCAACUAUCCAUCAGUUUAUAAAGAAUCUGAAGCUUGGCUGAAUAUCACUUUUGCUAUUGCUCCAUCCCGGAAAAGUGCCAUUGUUCUUUACAGCUCCCUGGAAGAUGCAAAUCACACAAUACGUAAUAGUGGCCUUAAUUUUCGGCCCACAAAAUUUAGCGACACGCAAAAUAACGCUUUGCGAAAUCACUGUCCAAAAGUAGACGGCGGAUUGUUUAUCAAACAAGCUAACCCGUUUAACGUUACAAUGCGAUACGGUCUCUACGCUAACCGGCUUCCGGCUAACUUUGAUGAAGUGGAUCUCGAGCGUCACCUAGCUAGAUACGGAUGUCAGAAGCCCUUGUACGCCAAAAUCGUUCGGGGGGCCGAAGGCAACUCGAUUUCAACGCAAGAAUCAACUCUGCUGCUGAACUACGCCAAAUCCAACCAACUUUUCCCGUUUUCGGAAAAAGCUGUAACGACUAUUGUUCGUAAGGAUGACAAACGGAAGACAAUCUCCAUUCGCGCCAGAUACGAAUCAAUGGACCAAAUUGAGAUGAUUUACGUAUCUCAGUUAUGCGCCAAUCUUCAUUAUGAUCAGCCCGUCAGAAUGAAAGCGCAAAUCAAAACAAGUGUCAGAAUGGAAAAAAAAUUAUGGGAAUUUCGACAACAAGAAAUUGAAAAUUACCUGGAACUUCUUAAAACGAAAGAUGUUACAUGCAAAUUAGAAACCAAGUCAGAAUUUCACGUGUGGCUGCACCUUGAAGUUCCGCGUGCGGGAAAUAUUGAUGAGGUUCGCAAGAAAAUAGAUGAUUUCCUUCAAUUUGAGUUUUACAAGAACGCUGAUAUUGAGCUACUCUUCACGCACUACGGCCGCAAACAAGUUGCAGCCGUUGACGUCCGGCCGUGUUACCUCAAUUCAAAUUUUACUACCAAAGCGAUUCGGAUUUACGGCAACGAAAGAGAGAGGCAAACAAUCAAGGGAAAAUUAGACGCACUUGUGCGAAAUCUAAAAUUACUUUGCAUUGAUGUUACCCUGAUUGUUCGCAAACCUAGUUUGAAGCUCGUAACAAAGAAUUUGACUACAUACCGUAAUAAUGGAUUAAAAGACGAGCUUCGAUUGUCAUAUAAUCGUCUGUACGCGACUGGAACGGAAGAGGGUAUCGAAAUGCUGAAAAAUGUAUUGAAAAAUCAUGUAAUUGAGCCAAGAAAUGAAAUCGAUAUCGGCGAAUGCGGACUGUGCUUUACGGAAUUGGUGAACCCGACAUGCUUGCAGAUGUGUGCCCAUAAAUUCUGCUCUGAAUGCAUUCAAAAUAUGGUUACACACGAAACAAUUCCAUACCCAAUUGUUUGUCCGGCUGACGGAUGUAACACUAAAGUUUGCUUGAAAGACAUUCAAACAAUCGCUCCAGUUAGUGUCCAGGAAAAAAUUGGCGAGGCAGCAGUCAACGCAUUACGUCGAGAUCCCACGUUUAAAGAGAAAUAUCGUUCAUGUUUCAAAACUGGAUGCGAACAGUACAUACCCAUCACGAAGGCGUUAACUAAUGAAAAGGAGCAGGUUGUUAGUGGUGGCGAUGCAGUAUUUUGCGAUCAGUGCAAUCUUUACUAUUGUUGCACCUGUUCUACCACCUUAAAGAAGCCAGUUGAACGCCAUAGGGGAGCUACAUGUUCUGAACGCCAAUUGGGCGAAAACAAAGAUGUUCGUUGGCAUCGUCUUUACAUUUUAGACGAAUUGUGUCUGCUGCGAUGUCCACGUUGCAGAACGGCUUUCAUUGAUUUUGAUGGCUGUUGUGCCCUUUGGUGUUCCAUAGCACACUGUAAAGCGGCCUUCUGCUUCUUCUGUUUGGAAGACUGCGGCAGAGAUGCCCACAGUCACGUCCGGGAUUGCCAGAGGAAUCCCUCUAAAGGUACCUACCACAUAAAUGCAUCGAAAAAGAAUACGGUACACAAAGAAUCACGGAAGAGAACUAUCGUGCAGUAUCUCAUGAAGACUAUUGACGACCGUGGACUGCGUUCAUCUGUCCUUCACUCUAUCGAAAAAGAUCUAAGAGAUUUGGAAAUUGUUAUCAGUCCCAGUGAAGUGAAUCUAGUCGGUUUCACACCAUUUGUCGAUACGGCCAAACAUCGCAAGCACAUUUUGGAUGAAAUUUGUACUUUACGGUGUCCAGGAUGUCAUACGGCAUUUUUCGAUUACGAAGGUUGUUCAGCCAUUCAGUGCUGGAAUCCGCAAUGCAAGACCCAUUUUUGCUUCUUUUGUUUCGAAGAUUGCGGUCCUGGUAAUGACCAAAAAAAUCACGCUCAUGUCAUCAAAUGCCCAAAAAAUAUUGUUCCCGGACAACUGCACACGCCCUCAGAUAAAAUUGACGUAGUGAACUGCAAACGCCGUAAGGAAGGAAUCAUUGCAUAUCUGAUGUCACAUUGUUCAGAUGUGACUGAACGACAAGCAGUCAUCGACUCAGUGUCAGUGUAUUUGAAAGAGUUAAAGGUUGUAAUCACCCAUGAAGACUUGUUAACUCGAGUGGAACCGAUCCGUCCCAUUCGUCCACCUGAACCUGUCAGACGCGUCCCAAUAGCAAACUACCAUGCUGUUGUACCACCACAAAGACUCCAGCCAGCUGAACCUGUUCGACAUGCUCCAGUUCUGAAUUACUACCGUGUUGUACCACCACGGCCCCUUCCAGCCGAACCCUAUAGGAGAGCUCCAAACCUAAACUUUAAUCCCAUUGUACCACCACCACCUCCACGAGCUGAGAAUCGAGAACGACGUCGGGAAGAAAACAAGUGCGUUUUUCUUUAAACCUUAUGCAUUUUAGACAGCAACUUUCGGUAACUAGCUUUAAAAGAACAAAAAGAAAGGAUUUUUAAUGUCCUAUUCCAGGAUUGGCACAAAGGAAGUGUAUGUGCCUUUUAACGCAAGUAAGAAAAUUUCUAGUAUGUUCCUUAGUUUGGGGUGCUUUUUUUGUCCGUUAAACUUUGUCAAGUUGUGAAGAUGCCAAUCAUUUUAUAGUUUCCUACUUUGAUUAACUAAAUCAAAAACAG